AUGAUAUCUUGGAAAAAUCUAUAUCAUGUAUUAUCAAACGUGGUACCACUUUAUGUAGUAAUGAUCUUAGCAUAUAGUGCAGUAAAAUGGUGGAAAAUAUUUUCACCAAGUGAAUGUGUAGGGAUCAACAGAUUUGUAGUCCUUUUCGCAGCGCCGGCUCUCUCCAUCAAGUUCAUUGCUAACAACAAUCCUUAUGCCAUGAACUAUCGCUUCAUUGCAGCAGACACACUACAAAAAGUUAUAGUAAUAGUAGUUUUAGUUUUAUGGUGCAAGUUAAGUUCAAAAGGGUCUCUUGAAUGGUGUAUAACCCUAUUUUCUCUAUCAACUCUUACCAACACGCUUGUUGUGGGCAUCCCUUUGUUAGGAGGAAUGUACGGCGAAACGCCUUUGGAGUCUUUAAUGGUGCAGUUAUCUGUAAUUCAGUUCAUCAUUUGGUACCCUAGUUUGUUGUUCUUGUUUGAAUAUAGAAAAGCAACAGUUUUGAUACCACAGCAAUGUUGUGGGACUGAGAUGCCUGAUAGAAGUACUAGGGUGGUUGAAUCUUGUAGGAAUGGUGGGAAUUUGGAUGAACAAAGAGAAAUUUGUGGUGUUGGUGAGGUUGUUCUUCCAUCUGAGUCAAGUCAGAUUGGUGAGGGUCAAGGUGGGUGUAGAAAGUCGGAUGAUCAUGAUCUUGAGAAUGGAGGGAAUGCUAACCCUAAAGGCUCUACCUUGUCAGAACUCGGCUCGAGAUCGAGAUCAAGAACAAGUGCUGAGGUCCAGCCUGAAUCCUCUACUCAAGAGGAACCCAAAUCUACGGACAAUAUGGACCAUGCUGGUCUGACAACUAGGCUAAUCUUGUUCAUGGUUUGUAAAAAACUCAUCAAGAACCCUAACUUUUACUCUAGCAUUAUUGCCCUUGUUUGGUCCUUGAUCUCAUUCAGGUGGCAUCUUAAUAUACCAGCAAUUGUGGCCAACUCCAUAAAAAUACUCUCUGAUGCGGGACUUGGGAUGGCAAUGUUUAGUCUUGGUUUGUUCAUGGCUUCACAGCCAAGGAUAAUCGCUGGUGGGAGUGCAUCAGCUGCCCUUGCUGCAGCAAUGAGGUUUAUUGUAGGCCCUGCUAUCACCACAUCUACUUCAGCUAUUGUUGGGUUGAAAGGGACCCUUUUGCAAAUUAUCAUUAUGCAGGCAGCUCUACCACAAGCAAUUGUCCCGUUUAUCUUUGCCCGAGAAUAUAAUGUUCAUCCUGGUAUUCUUAGCACAGCGGUUAGCUUUGGUAUGCUUAUAUCUCUACCAAUUACAUUGGUUUAUUACAUCUUAUUGGGGUUUAUCAUCAAGUGAGUGGAUUCCCAACGAUCAAAGAAGCAUUAAUACAACAGAAGAUAUAAUUCACUCACAAAAGAAGCAUCAAUACAACAAAAGAUAGUCUGAUACGCGACGGUCGAGCACGAGUUGAACUUUCAAAUGGUGCCUGCAUAUGGCGACGUCGAUUAAUGUGGCCUGUGGGAGGGGCAGUACAAAUCAUCUGAGUCUUGCAUUCACUGGCUGUUAAUGUUCUUAAAAGCACUGAAAAGGGCUAAGGCUGAAAGUUAUGUUCAAGUGAGGUUGUGAGGGUGUUGUGCUCAUUGAAUAUAUCUAUCAGCUUGAGCUAGCAGCUAGCAACUAGCAAGGUGUUGUUUCAUCAAGCACGCAAUUAAGGGAUCUUUGUUAUUGCCCAUGUUCAGGCAAUGACGAUUAGAUAGCUAUUAGGAUGUGUACGGGUCAAAGGAAAACCUUUUCUAUGUUAGAAUACAUUAAUUGGAGUCUAGUUUCAUUAUAAUUAACUUCGAAUUUUGUUUUCUUUUUGUUCCUUUAGUAGAUACUAUUAAAUUAGAGAAUCAAUUCUAAUCAUUAAAAUUAA